CUCAGGAUCUACGAAGCACCGCUGUAUAGCAGCAUAUCAUGUUCCGCAAUGUCAGGGGACAAUUGCGCUACUCCGCUUUCUUGCCGUGAAGCAUGGCAGUAAUAGGGAGGUAGAGCCCCUGCUCUUCAACACGCUUCAAUUGCGAUUCCUGCAGCCGUUGAUCGCAUUCGAGUUCCAACCAACGCCAAAGAUGCGUCUAAACGGUUUACCCUACCUGCACUUCAAACUGGGCAUACAAUAAGUGCCUUGAGCCUGCGUGAAUUUUUCCACCGAUAUGGUCAACUCGACACCCAAAAGCGGGCUCGGUAGAGAUUUUAGAAAAUGGGUUGCACAUGGUUUGCACAGUCACUGGUACAGUAUCGAUCUAUUUAUUUGAAUUUCUAUCCGCGAUGUAUUCCUUUUACUCUGAUCGGGGAAUCACGACCGUACUGCCAGGGGUGAGCACUAUCUGUAUAAUAAUUUCAAAAAGUUACCGUGAUUUCCCUCCUGCCAGACGAUGAUCAAUAUGAGACGACUUGUCUUUGCUUUUACGGUGACAGUGAUACCUGCUGCAGUUGUAAACAUUGGUCUUGGCUAUAUUAUUGCACGGAGGCCUUGGUUUUCCGACAGCAGGCCUUUCAAAGGGGUGGUUCUCAGCCGUGAUUUAUCUUUUCAAGUGGAUUUCGGAGAGCCAGUAUGUAUGCGAAUAGACCAAACAGCACACUACCGCGCGGAUACGGAUGAGGGCGGAGAAGAGUUUGCGAAACUCAUUCUGCGCAGAGGGCACACUGUUCAUAUCACCGAUGCGGAGACGGGUGAAAAUCGCAUUUGCACAGUGACACUAUUUCAUCAGCUUAAAUGCCUAGCAAUCAUCCGUGACGACUACGUAGCAAUGCGCCCCCAAUCAUCAAUCACUGGCUCAUUAAAAAUCUGCCGAAGAUAUUCCAGAAAGUGAUGUGCGUGAGGGAUCGUCGCACAUACUAUAUCUAGUAUCUCGUACUCACAUAUACUUACCUCGAGCCUGAGCUUCUUGAAUCACCCUGAUGAUCAUACAUGCUGGCAUGCACGAAAUGGCCGCAUGGCCGCAUGACGAGAAAGAUGCGUGCAGUGCCGACAUUCCCAGC